AUGCAAGACACAACAGCACGCACAACCCAUUGCCUGGAGCUUCCCCUCUCCAAUAGUACAGUUCGUGUACAUGCCAUCGACACAACGACCCGCAUGGUUUGCGAUGCUCGUGCUUUUGUUCAGCCGGCAAUUGCCGGGCACGACAAGCUCAAUUUCAAGACCAUGUGUUUUCUCAUAGAGCACGACGAUCCAGUCUCUGGAAAGGAAUAUGUCCUCUUUGAUUGUGGGUCACGAAAAGACUUUUGGAAUGGCUCACCGCAAACGCAGAGAAUGAUAGGAGGCCACGUCCCAGCAGUUAGUGUUGAGUUUGGGGUUGACGAGAUUCUGACCAAGGGAGGCUUUGAGCUACAGCAAUUGAAAGCCAUAGUUUGGAGUCAUUGGCACUGGGAUCACAUUGGUGAUGGGUCCAAGUUCCCCGACUCCACAGAUAUCGUUGUCGGACCUGGCUUCACUCAGAACUUUAUCCCCGGUUGGCCUGAAGAUCCGGAAAGCUUCGUUCUAGCAAGCGACUUGGCAGGCCACUAUAUCCACGAGCCACACUUCAAUUUAGAGGUGGCGGGCUACUCUGCUUUCGAUUACUUUGGAGAUGGCUCAUUCUAUCUUCUUGAUGUUCCAGGUCAUGCUCUGGGCCACAUUUGUGGUUUUGCAAGGACCACACCAACCUCUUUUGUAUUUAUGGGAGGCGAUUGCUGUCAUUAUGCCGGCAUGUUUCGACCUAGCGAACUUGUACCUCUUCCUCACGAGAUUGUCAGCGACUUGUUGGACUCUUGGUAUCCGAAACCCUGCCCCUGCUCGCUAUUCACCCAGCAUCACCCAACAGCGUCGAAAUUCGGAUCAGAUGAGGCUUGUAAAACACCAUUUUACCAAGUAUCUCGAGAUCCAGGAAGUGCUUACUCAUUCGGUGACGUUGCCCAAGAAAGCAUCAAGAAAUUGGAAGCCCUAGACGCCCACCCAGAUAUACUCAUUGCGCUGGCUCACGAUGAUGUUCUCUUCAACAUCUUUCCCUUGUUUAAUCAAAAUCCAUCCCAUACAAUUAACGAUUGGAAGUCUAGGGGCUACAAAGAAAGGAGCAGGUGGUCGUUCCUAAACGAGCUGCCUAAGGAUGGAAAACCAGGACGUGGUCUGUUAGUUACAGGUCUGACGGGUGCAGGGAGACAAGUAACUUGGGACAAGGACACCGGGUUCGUGGACGCCGUAUAG